AUGGCUAACAAUGCCCUAACCCACCUGGUUGCAACCCCUGAAGUCAAUCCCCUGACCAACAAAGCCUUGUCUGUCCCAAUUUUGAACCCAUUCAACCGCUAUGGACGCGUCUUUUUCUUCUCAUGGCUUGGUUUCUUCGUGGCGUUUUUGUCUUGGUUUUCAUUCCCGCCUCUGUUGACCGACACUAUCAAGAAAGACCUCAACAUGACACAAACCGAUGUAGCCAAUUCAAAUAUCGUAGCGCUAUUAGCGACCCUGCUCGUGCGUUUCAUAUCAGGACCCCUUUGUGACCGGUUUGGUCCUCGUUGGGUCUUCAUUGGCUUGUUACUGAGUGGCUCCAUCCCAACUGCCAUGGCUGGUCUGGCCACUACACCGUCCGGACUGAUUGCGGUUAGAUUUUUUGUCGGUAUACUUGGUGCAAGUUUCGUUCCUUGCCAAGUGUGGACAACAGGGUUCUUUGACAAGAGCGUGGUUGGCUCUGCCAAUGCCUUGACUGCUGGUCUAGGAAACGCCGGUGGCGGCGUUACAUACUUCACCAUGCCAGCAGUUUACAAUUCCCUCGUUUCCCACGGCCUUACCGAGCACAAGGCAUGGAGGGUUGCCUACGUUGUUCCGUUCAUUAUCAUUGUCUCGAUUGCGUUGGGCAUGAUAUUCACUUGCGAAGACACACCAACCGGAAAGUGGUCUGAACGACACCUAAAUGGUAUUAAUACGCCAGCGAGCACGAACAUGCUAGAGCCGAACAACACCGAGAAAAUCCCCUCGGGUGUUGUGACUCCAAACUCAAUGAGCAAAUUCGAUCAAAAGAUCCACUCGAAAGGUCAAGUUCUUCAAGAGCUUGUUGUGGCACCCACAUGGAAGGAGACACUUCAAGUGAUCUUCAGUCUCCCCACGCUAUCUCUAUCCAUGGUAUAUGCCUGCACUUUCGGCGCUGAACUAGCAUUGGACGGAGUUCUUGGCAGUUACUAUUCCCGCAACUUCCCCACAAUGGGCCAGACAAAAUCUGGUGACUGGGCAGCGAUGUUUGGCUUAUUGAAUGUCGUCUUCCGUCCUCUUGGUGGGUAUCAACUCGCUCUGGGGAAGAAGAUCUGGCUAACCUUUCUGUGCGCUAUUACUGGCGCGUUUUUACUUGCGAUCGGCCUCACUAACCCUAAGAGCGAGUCUACUAUGUUUGGAUUAGUGGCGGGCAUGGCUUUCUUCCUGGAGGCUGCCAACGGAGCUAAUUUUGCGCUUGUACCGCAUGUCUAUCCUUUUGCUAAUGGAAUUGUGUCUGGUACGGUGGGCGCAUCUGGUAACCUUGGCGGAAUCAUUUUCAAUAUUGUAUUUCGAUAUAAUGGAACCCGUUACGAUCGAUCGACUUGGAUAAUGGGCGUUAUUUGUGUGGCGGUUGCUAUAUUGCAAUCAUGGACUCGACCAGCAGCGAAGAGUAUUUAA